GAGGGCUUCGGUUUCGAUGGCUCCUGCCAGCGAGGGCGGCUUACAGCUGAAGAGGAGGAGCAACUUGCGGCUGAAGUCUGUGCAGUCGACUUUUGGCAGAGGGGAGGCGAGUUGACCCGCGCUUUAUGGGCAGCUGCCUCAACGCGUCAGGGACCUGCAGCAGAGCUGGCACUACUCCGUUGCAGAGCACUGCUUGCAGCUCAUGGCCUCAAGGUACAGAGCUCCACAGGCGAGGAGUUGACAACUUCGCGAGUGCAAUUGAGGCUGCAGCAAGUUGCCGUGGGGCGGCUCCGGGCCGAGCCUCUCACCAGGCAGAGUGGCUCGGCCUCGGCUGCGCCGGAUGAAGACGAGAAGCUGGAGCCCAACAAAGAUGCGACGAAGGAAAGCGUGCAGCCAGAGUCGCACGUGAUUGGGGAUGACGAGGAGGACAGAAGCCGCGAGAUGAUGCUGUUGCAGCACGAGAAGGAGGCAAUCGAACUUGCCAGGUCCAUCGCCAAGUCAGCAGCCCUGCCUUCACCUCUCGCCAUGGACCAGACCAAGGUGAAAGAUCUGGAUCGAAUCUUCGACUGUAUCGGCAGGCUGCAGGCGUCUGCCGAUUUCGAUAUCCUGUUCCUAGCACUCGAGAAGAUCAUGUCGCACUUCUGUGUCAGCCUUGCUGAGUUAGCCUGCGGCUGA